AUGUAUGACAAUUUGAAAGGGAAGAAUGUAAUGAUAGACAUUAGUGAUGGCACUAGUGAUGAUGACGGACAUAGCGAUGAUGAUGGAUAUGGUGAUGAUGAUGGACAUAGCGAUGAUGACGGAUAUGGUGUUGAUGACGGACUUGACGAUUAUCGGUUGGAUGAAUUAACGGAAGAAGAUGUUUAUGAAAUGACAUUUGAUUCGGAUGAGGAUGGAGAAAGAUUCUAUAAUGCAUAUGCCAAAGUGAAAGUCUUUAGUGUCCGAAAGGAUAAUAUUCACAAGGACAAUGAGGAUAUUGUUACUUUAAGGAAGUGGGUUUGCUCAAAAGAAGGAUAUCGAGAAGCUAAGUAUAUAGAAAGAGAAGAUCGAAAAAAAGAGCCGAUGGCACAAACUAGAGUUGGAUGUCCUGCUAUAUUUCAUCUCAAAUUAGAUCGAAAAUCAAACAAAUACGUGGUUGCUAACUUUGUAAGCUUCCACAACCAUAACUUGAUAGGGCCUAUGGGUGUGCCCUUCCUCCGCUCUCACAGGAAGGUUCGUAGUCCUGAUAAAGCCUCGGCCAAUACAAUGCAUAAAGUUGGCAUUAAAACAAGUCAUAUUAUGGAUUUUGCCGCACAACAAUCUGGUGGAUAUAACAAGGUUGGAUACACACAAAAAGAUCUUUAUAAUCAUUUUACAGCUCAACGCAAAAUAGAGGUUGCGGAUGGGGACGCGGAAGAAGCAUUAGCCUAUUUAUGUGCGAAAGCAGAAUAUGACCCCUUGUUCUAUUACAAGUAUGACGUGGAUGAGCAAAAUCGGUUAAAUAAUAUGUUUUGGAGAGAUUCAACAUCUCUAACAGACUACCAGUGCUUUGGAGACGUGCUACUAUUUGAUGCUACUUAUCGAACGAAUGCUUAUGGGAAGCCUUUUGUGAUACUAGUUGGAGUUAAUAGUCACUUCCAAACUGCAAUAUUUGGGUGUGCAUUGUUGACUGCUGAGACUGUUGAGACUUAUACAUGGGUAUUGGAAAAGUUUCUUGAUUCCAUGGGCAAUGAAAAAAUGCCAAUGUCAGUAAUGACAGAUGGAGAUAAGGCCACGAGGAGAGCAAUAAAAACUGUGUUGCCUAAUACUCGUCAUCGUUUAUGCAAAUGGCAUCUGAAAAAGAAUGUUGUGAGUAAUGUCCAUGUUUCCGGAUUCCUAUGUGACUUUGAAAAAUGCAUGUCAAUGCCAACUGAAGAAGAGUUUGAAAUUGUAUGGACAAAUCUUGUGGACAACUAUAAUCUUCAUGAAAACAAUUGGGCGAUAGAGGUUUACAAAAAAAGGCACCUAUGGGCUGAGGGGUACUUGCGAGGUAUUUUUUUUGCAGGAGCAAGAAGCACACAACGUGUUGAGGGAAUGAACGCAUUUAUGAAUGGAUUCCUAAAACUACGUUUACGGCUUUUUGAAUUUGUACAAGCAUAUGAUAGGGCUCUUGCUAAACUUCGACAUAAUGAGGCUAAGGCACAAGUAGAGAGUGAGAAUAGUACUCCCAUUCUUUCUACAGCCAUGAAACGCAUUAGCAUGCAGCUGAAUCACUUAAUAAACAAAUCCAACUCCCGUACAGAGGACAAGUCCUUUAAUGCAUGGAGAAAACGCUUAUUGACUCCAAAUUCUGAUGUUGGACAUAGAAUAGUCCCCAUUAUGUACAACACAAAUGAAACCUUGAAGUCAUCGUCGUCCUUUUUGUUGUUCAUCAAAUAA